UCUUACAGAUUCUGAUACUGAGAAGCAAGUAUUUGGGUGGUCUUUAUUGUAGAUAUUUACUUGUCUUUAUCGCACUAAUAUCACAUGAUUAUGAAUCAAUAAUGAAGAUACGCAAGUACAAAAUCAUGCUUGCAUAAUCAAUCUAUAGAUCAUCAAUAAAAACUCCAUUAAUAAUAAUAAUCCUUAUUGGAUAAGCAUGAAACGUGUACUAUUGAAGAUUUUGAGAUAAAGAAGAUUCUGAUUACGAUAAUAAAUAAGUAGUAAUAAGUUCUUUUAACUACAAAUAUCAGUAACGAAAGUACAAGUUAAUCCAUGACACAAACAACAAACUUGCCAUGAAAUAGCAAAAUGUAAAUACUUAGUCAUAAAUAGAUGGAUAUUUGAUAUAUUGAAACGGUACAAUAAUGUUUUAUAAUCGUUGCACUUAUUAACCUACACGAUGCCUGGAAAGAUUAAAGUCAAGGUAUUGGCGGGUCGUAACUUACCUGUAAUGGAUCGUUCAGGCGAUACAACGGAUGCAUAUGUUGAACUAAAAUUUGGAAAUGUAACAUAUAAGACAGAUGUAUGUAGAAAAUCUUUAAACCCUCAAUGGAAUUCCGAAUGGUAUAAAUUUGAAGUGGAUGAUGCUGAAUUACAAGAUGAACCUUUGCAAAUUAGAUUAAUGGAUCAUGAUACUUAUUCUGCUAAUGAUGCAAUUGGCAAAGUUUAUAUUAAUUUAAAUCCAUUAUUGUUACCGGGUAUAACACCUUUAAUUAAAAAUGUUUGGACUUUGGAAGCAUCUUUGAGCUCGAGUUCUGGCUCUCAAGGCUCUGUUAUGACGGGAUGGUUACCAGUUUAUGAUACAAUGCAUGGUAUUCGUGGUGAAGUAAACAUUAUUGUUAAAGUGGAAUUAUUCUUAGAUUUUAAUAAGUUUAGGCAGUCAUCGUGCGGUGUACAAUUUUUCUAUUCACCAAAUAUACCAUAUGGAUAUCAUGCGCAAGUGAUACAUGGUUUUGUUGAAGAAUUAAUAGUGAGCGAUGAUCCAGAAUACAAAUGGAUAGAUAAGAUAAGAACACCUCGAGCAUCAAAUGAAGCACGUCAAACAUUGUUUUUUAAAUUAAGUGGAGAAGUACAAAGAAAAAUAGGUUUAAAAGCAUUAGAUUUGGGUGGAAAUGCAGUUAUUGGAUAUUUGCAGAAUUUUGACCUAGAAGGAGAAUCAGGCAUUGUUGCACGAGGUAUAGGAACUGCGGUAACUCUUGUAAAAGUACACGAUGUUUUUAACUCGCCAUCGGAUAAUGCACCACUCGAAGAACAUCAAGAGGAAGCAUCAUUUAGUCCAAGUUAUCCACUUCCUUCUGUUCCUUCAUCAACGACUGCAAAAACUUUACAUUCACCUGCAACAAAAACACAUAAUAUCAUUCCUUUGCAUAGAAGAUCCAGCGAUUCUGAUUUAAGUAUUACACCAAAAGGUAAUUCUUUGGCUGGAAGCGAUAGAUCAAUGGGAGGCUUUAUGAAACAAUCGGCAGCCGUAGUAAGAACUAUGAAUCAAGAUGCAUUAGAAAUGUUGGAAUAUCCAUUUAUUACAAUGCAGCAAUAUCCUCCUGGUUUUGUUGUACAUAUAGGUGGUCUGGUAAGCUCAAGAUCGGUUAAAUUAUUGGAAAGAAUAAGUAAUUUAGAAGAACCGGAAGGUCGUGAUGCAUGGUGGACAGAAAUUAGAAUGGAAGUUAGAUCGCAUGCAAGAGCAUUAGCUUGUAAUGUCGUUAUAGGGUACAAAGAAGAAACUAGUAUAUGUGAUGACGUUUGUGUUUUAAAUGCAAGUGGUACAGCUGCCGUUAUAAAUCUUCAUAAUUCAAAUUCAGAUCAGGAUAAUGUUUUUGUAACUCGAUUGCAACAAGGAUUAAUGGCAGCAUCUAUAGAAUCAGAACGCGAUAAGUCCAGCCAAAAAUCAUCUGUCAACAAAACAGAAAGAAGUGACGUUGAUCCACCUAAUCAUACAAGUAAUCCCAGUGGAAGAAAUAAAUGUGCAUCUGAAAGUAAUGAUCACGAAUCAUAUACCCAAUCUCACGGGUGCAGUCUUUGUCACUUGCCAUAUAGUGGAAAUAAUAUACAAUUUAAAGUAAAUAUGUCUAAAUGUGCCAUAUGUAAAAGAGCUAAAGUUCCAGAUGUAAUGUUUACUACUAUAGAACUUCUUGAAAAUAUACCUAUGACUGGUAGAGGAUGCUUCAUUCAAGCAACAGUAUGUAAAAAUAAGAAAGAUUUAAGAGGUGAAUUAAAUGCUAAAGAAAUUUCCGAUUGCUUACCUUUUUUGGAAUAUGAAUUGUAUUGUUUGUUAUUGAAUAAGUUAAAAAUGAAAGGAAUGAAUGCUAUCUUUGGUUUAAAAUUACAAGUUUCCAUCGGAGAGAGAUUCAUUAUUGGAAUGGCAGUUGGAACCGCUGUUUUUCUUACAGCAUUACCUAAUCCUUCUAUUCCACAAAUAGCUGCUCAUAAUUCUUGGCAUAAUGAAGAACAGUUGGUUGAAAUUCAACAAAUUCUUUCAAACACCGUUAAAAAGAAUAUUGAAUUUUAUCAAUUGAAGCCAAUAGGGGACAAUGAAACGGGACGUGCUGCAACUACAUCUGAUACAGACGACUCGGAUGAAGAUUUACCUGAAAUUGAUGUUGCAUUAGGUUCUCGAGAUGCUUGUAUAUUAGAAGUAGAUGAUCUGGAGGAUAUUGAUAGAAUAUCAUUAUUAAUAGAUGAUAAGCCACCCGAUGAUUUUCAUGUUGUAAAUACACAAACUAUACCAGGAUUAGAAGAUCUAGAAAUAGUUAGAAAUUUACAAAUGUUUACACAAGUAUCCAGAGCUAAAAUUCCAACAGGUCUAUCAGCAUCAAUGCCUCCAAAAUAUUUCGCUAGACUAUUGCAGACAAUUUUCUUCAAAUUAAGGAGAAUGGUUCCUUGUGCACUUUGUGAUAUGCAAUUUAAAGUUGCACUUCCUGAACAAGAUGAAAUACAACUUUCUGUUGUUGGUAUGGCACUUGGAUUAGGUGAACCUGUAAAAUCAAAUAAAUAUAAACGAAAAAUGGUUAUUCAUCAACAUAGUAAAGAUGAAGCGAAAAAACCAGAGGAACACGAAAUGAUAUUUAAUCUUGAGGAAGAUCACGUAGAAAUAACUGCUGUAUCUGACAAUAUGCCAAAUAUUCGAACUACAAAUCCAUCUACGUUAACAGUUUUUCCUGGACGAAAGUCAAGACCACGUUCACCAUUACGUUCAAAGAUACAUACUACACAUAGACAUAAACACGUGCCUUUGAAGGAAAGAUAUGGUGUAGAUAUAACACCAUUAUCGUAUUUACCAGGUGGAAGAAUUGAAAGAUAUUUAGGAAAUCUAAACUUUUUCUUUAUUAGAGAAAGCACAUCUGUAAGAGAGAAUGGUGGAUUAAGUGGAUUUACGCAUAGCUUUGUAAUGGAAAUAUUAGCAAUUGUACGUGCGCACAUAACAGCAUUAGGAGGAAAUGCGAUGGUUGCUUUUUUUAUGACACAGUGCGUUCUUCUCCAUAAUGUUCAUAAAAAUCAGGGUCAAUGUUUGAUAAAUGUUGGUGGAGAUGUAGUUUUUGUAUCUUAUUUUGCCAAUGAAAAACGAAGCGGAUCAUCCAAUUACUGACAUCAACCUCCACAUUCUGCACCGCCAUAGUUACAAAGUAAAAAGAAUUUUUGAUAUUCUCUUGUUGUAGAGAUAUUUGUUACGUUUCUUAAUUGUUUAGCUUAUUUUUAUUGCUGUAGCAAAAUUGCUUUGCACAUAUAUAUUUAGCUUUUUAUACUUAAUACAUACAAAGACAAAAUAUUUAUAGUUUUUUAGGUAUCCAUUAUUUUACUUUAUAUUAUUAUACUUAAAUAGUAUGCCCUUCAGAGAGCUGCAUUGUUAAAUAAUGCUAUUACAUAUCUCAAAAUACUCUACAGUCGCUUAAUGUAAAUAUAGUGUUAAGUCUAUCGAAGUAGUGAAUUUCUAAAGAGAUAAAUUGAUGAAAAAUAGUAUUUAUUGAUAAAAUACACAAAUAAUAUUCAAAUUAUAAAAUUCAAUAUAAAGAGUGCACAUUUCUCUGUAAUUUGACUGUAAUAUUGUAUUUUGUAUUUUUAUGUAUACAUGUGUACAUUGUCAUUUUACGAUAAGCAUUUUUCUCAUAAUAUCCUUUUGUAAUUUUGAAUAAGUCAACAAUAUUAGAAAAUAAUACGCUGGGUGCAAUAUGUGUCAUGCAUUUUAUUUUUAAUUUUAGUCAAUUAGAUAAUACGAAAAAAAGAAAAUGAAAAAUUUAAAUAUAUAUGUAAAGAAAAUAUAUAAAACAAAAAAGCAAUUAAAUUUUUUGUUGUUAAAGAACAGUAACUUUUAUCCUUAAUACUUUACCGACUGGGAUUCAAAUAAUUGGAUUUUUACAAAAACGCUUACCGACUGAGAUCCAAACGAUAGGAUAUUUUUUAUUGCUUAUCGACCGAAAUCCAAAUAUUUGGAUUUUUUGAAACUAGUGCUUACCAAUUGAAUAAAUGUAUUUUUUGAGGCAGGUGUCAUUGAUUGUAUUAUGAGAUCUUCAUAUAAUUAAAAAAUUUGUAAAUAACCAUCUUCUAAAAUGGAUCAAAGAGAUGAAAAUGAGGGAUUUUGUUUGGACUGUUUGUCAGAUUGCUCGGUUAUUUCUUCAGAGACUGAUAGCAGUGAUAGUAAUGAAGACAGUGACAGUAAUGAAGACAGUGAUAUAAUCCCAAAUCAGUUCUGUCAAGCAAUACUAACAUCACAAGAUGAUGAUUCAGAGAACGAUGAUACUAAUGAUGCAAAAGAUGAAAGUGAAAAAUGGUCAAUGCACGACAAAAAAAUUAUCGUAGAGCCUUUCAAGAGUAUCUGUGGCAUGAAAAUAAUGCCAAAAUCUACAGAAAACAUAAAAGACAUUGUAGAUUUAUUUAUCGGGGAUGAUUUCUUUGAACAUAUGUUGAAGGAAUCAAAUAGAUACCAUUAUGAAAUAGUAACUAAAUACAAAAAGGCAUCAAAGACGAAGAUAUGGAAGGACAUUACACUUCCAGAGAUAAAGAAAUUUGUAGGUCUAAUCGUUUUGAUGGGACAAGUAAAAAAGGAUACCAUUUAUGAUUAUUGGUCUACUGAUAGCAGUAUUGAGACUCCAUUUUUUUCUAAAAUAAUGAGUAGAAAUAGAUUUCAGCAGAUAAUGCAAAGCUGGCACUUUUGCAACAAUGAAGACAUUUCCCCAAACUGUACAAACAAACUUGUCAAAGUUCAACCAAUUAUCGACCAUCUAAAAAAGAGAUUUAAUGACGUUUACCAGCCUUGUCAACAACUAUUACUGUAUGAAAGUAUUAUUCCUUGUCGGGGCCAACUUUCACUUAAAACGUACAACCCUAGAAAACUAACUAAACAUGGUAUACUGGUAAGAGAACUUUGUGAAGCUUACACUGGAUAUAUCUGUAAUUUUGAAAUGUAUUCAGACCAAACAAAAAAGAUAGAAAAAGACACCAUCUUAACAAUUAUCAAGCCUUACAAGAAUUUAUGGCAUCACGUUUAUCAUGAAAACUAUUAUGAUAGCAUAAAUACGGCAGAAAUUCUUCUAAAAGAUAAAGUGCGAAUAUGUGGAAUCAUUAAAAGAAAUAGAGAUCUUCCCAAAUGCCUCAAAAAAGUACAAGUUUCACCCGGUGAAAGCAUAUUUCGUAGAAAAAACAAUGUUCUAUUACAAAUAUGGAAUAAUGGAAGACAACAAGUAAAUAUGAUUUCAACCAUACAUUCAGCACAACUAAUACAAUCUAGCAUUACAGGUAGAAAAUUAGCAAUAACGGUUAAAAAACCUAAAUCUGUAAUAGACUAUAACAAAUAUAUGAAAGUGGUGGAUCGUGCAAAUAAUUAUUUGUCUUAUUAUUCCAUUUUGAGAAAUACAAAAAAGUGGACAAACCGAGUUGUAAUGUUUCUGAUCAAUUGCGCACUGUUUAACGCGUAUAAAGUAUAUACUACAUUGAUGAGCA